AUGGAGACCAUACGAGACACCGCGUUUGGAAAGCUGGUGCGUGUCUUCAGUCACCAGCGAUGGAUGCAAUACCCGGAAGAGCAAGAUGUCUCAAUCUGGCCUGAGUAUCUCAAAGAGGAGACCCGGGAGAAAGAGGAAGGGGAUCACCCUACACCGAAUGAGAACCCCGAGGACCUCGAGGCCUAUGGCCUCUAUACAGUUACUUCACAGGCCACAACUCGGUCUAGGCGGCUAUCUUCGUCGGCAUUGCAGGACAGUGGUCAAGCGUUGGUGAUUAGUUGGCGUGGGCAGAACGAUCCUGAGUUUACAAAGAACCCGCAAAAUUGGAGUGUCAAGAAGAAGACUUUGGUCAGCUCUCAAAUUUGGCUGCUCACCUUUGCCAUCUAUAUCGGCUCUGCGAUCUAUACGCCAGGUAUACCCGGUGUUUCAGAACAGUUCGGCGUAAGCAGGGUAGCUGCCACACUGGGCUUGACCCUCUUCGUCUUUGGCUACGGACUCGGACCUAUGAUUUGGUCGCCCCUCUCGGAAAUUCCCAUGAUUGGCCGAAGCCCGACCUACGUGCUGACACUUUUCGUUUUCGUUUUUUUCAAUUUCGGCGUGAUCUACGCAACGAAUUUCGGAAUGUUUCUGGCCUUCCGUUUCCUGACCGGAUUCAUUGGUUCUCCUGCACUGGCAACAGGUGCCGCAUCCAUGGGUGAUAUGUGGAGUCCCAAGGUCCGCGACUACAUGAUCGGUAUCUGGGGCAUGUUUGCUAUCUCCGCGCCAGUCCUGGGUCCCUUGCUGGGUGGCUUCGCAUCUUCUGCGAAGGGUUGGACGUGGACCAUUUGGCAGCUACUCUGGGUUUCCGGAUUCACCUUUGUUGUGCUGUUCUUCUUCCUCCCUGAGACGUUUGCACCGAAUAUUCUCGCCCGGCGAGCCCGUCGGGUUCGCCGCAUCACGAAAAAUUCUAAGUAUAUGUCCGAGUCAGAACGGGAGAUCAAAGAGAUUAAACCUAGGGAUGUCCUCUUUGAAGCCCUAGUUCGCCCGUUCCAACUCUGCUUUAUGGAGCCAAUCGUCCUUUUCCUCAAUCUAUAUAUCUCUUUAAUCUAUGGAAUCCUAUACAUCUGGUUCGAAGCCUUUCCUAUUGUCUUCGAGGAAAUUCACGGUUUCAACCCAGGUCAAGGCGGCCUCGCCUUCAUGGGAAUUCUUAUCUCAACAAUAUCCAUCACCAUUCCAGCCUACUUCUACUGGAAAUACCGAUGGCAAUCGCACCACUUUGAUAAAGAUGGCAACAUCUCACCGGAGCAACAGAUACCUCCAGCGUGUGUGGGCUGCUUCGCUUUGCCCAUGUCGUUGUUUUGGUUUGGUUGGACUGGCAACUUUGUUACUGUCCAUUGGAUUGUGCCCAUUGUUGCCUCUGGGCUUUUUGCUGCGCAUGCAUAUCCAAAGUAUGCUGCUUCUGUGCUUGCGGGAAAUGAUUUCAUGCGCUCUUCGUUCGGUGCGGGUUUCCCGCUCUUUGCUACUGCGAUGUUUCAUAAUUUGGGAGUUGGGUGGGCCUGUACCCUUCUUGGCUGUCUGACUUUAUUCUUAAAAUUCAAGGAACGAGCUGAAAUGUGUGAUGACCACUGUCUCGAAAAUACCUGCAUUAUGAACUUGGUAUCGAUGUUCCUAGGCACUCACAAAUUCUGUAGUAACUACAAGAACCUGGUCAUUGAACUAAACCUCGUCAGUAUCCCCGGAGAGCUUGAAUAA